AUGCUGUCGCUAAGUUUGACAACUUCCUUCCUUAUCGCUAUUACCGUAUUAGCAUUAAUAUUUAUCCUGAUCGAUUAUAUCAGAUCAGGAAAGUCUAAUAAACGAGGGAAAAUCCUUUACUCCGAGGGAUCAUUAUUACCAGAACCACCCGGUCCAAAACCAUGGCCAAUUUUGGGAUCCCUUCAUAUACUUGGACGUUACGAUGUGCCUUACAAAGCAUUUGCCGAUCUUGUCAAGGUCUACGACAGCCAAGUGAUCAAACUGAAAAUGGGAUCGGUUCCUUGCGUCGUUGUCAAUGGAUUAGAAAAUAUUAAAGAAGUAUUAUUCACCAAGGGACCGCACUUUGAUUCCAGGCCUAAUUUCAUUCGUUAUCAUCUAUUGUUCUGCGGUAACAAGGAGAAUUCUCUUGCAUUUUGCAAUUGGUCCGAAUUACAAAAGACACGUCGAGAGAUGCUGAGAGCUCACACGUUUCCUCGUUCAUUCACGAUGCGUUACAAUCAAUUGAACGAUAUAAUAGGUGCCGAAUUAGAGAUUAUGAUGAAUCAUUUGAGCUCGUAUUCGGGUGGUAGCUUACACGCAAAACCAUUGGUACUGCAUACCUGUGCUAGCGUAUUCGUGAAAUAUUUCUGCUCGAAGAGUUUCCCAUUCGACUACAAACCAUUUCGCAAAAUGGUUGACAAUUUCGAUAAAGUAUUUUACGAAGUUAAUCAAGGUUACGCGGCCGAUUUCAUGCCAUUCCUGAUGCCAUUGCAUCAACGUAACAUGGCCAGAAUGGCCAAUUGGAGUCACGAGAUUCGUCAAUUCGUCGACGAGGAUAUUAUCGAGGAAAGAUUGAACAAAUGGACAUCUGUCAUACCAGAAAAUGAUUACAUAGAUUGUUUGAUAAAUCAUGUUAAAACCGAUUCCGAACCAACCAUGUCUUGGGACGUUGCCAUGUUUGCUUUGGAAGAUAUCAUUGGUGGUCAUUCGGCUGUCGGUAAUCUUCUCGUGAAAAUCCUUGGAUUUUUGGCUAGCAGACCGCACAUACAACAAACAGCUCAAAGAGAAAUCGAUUCGGUUGUUAUCGAUGAGAAAUUUGUUGGAUUAGGAAACAGAAGUGUCAUGCCUUACACCGAAGCUAUCAUUUUGGAAGCUAUCAGGCUGAUUGCCAGUCCUAUCGUACCUCACGUGGCCAAUCAAGAAAGUUCGAUCGCAGGUUACAGAAUCGAAAAGGACACGUUUAUAUUUUUAAACAAUUACGAAUUAAACAUGUCCGACGAACUUUGGAUCUCGCCCCAAGAAUUCAUGCCCGAAAGGUUCCUACGUGAUGGUAGACUUCACAAACCAGAACACUUUUUACCAUUUGGCGGUGGUAGAAGAUCGUGCAUGGGUUAUAAAAUGGUUCAGUAUAUAAGUUUUUCAACUAUUGCCACAUUGUUGAAAAACUUUACGAUAUUGCCGGCUAAUAAUGAAAUUUAUAAAGUACCCAUUGGUACUUUGGCAUUGCCGGAAAAAACAUUUCAUUUUCGAUUCGUUGAAAGACGAUAUAAAUCAUCCAGAUCGGAUAACAAUUAA